AUGUACAAUAAUCUAUUUAUCAUUGUUAUCGCUAGUAAUUUUUUAUUAUUAACAACAUGUUUAAUAAUUUAUAAACAACGUACAAAAGAUCGUGAAGAAAUCUGUCUAAAAAAUCAUUUUCAAUUAAUAACUACUAAUAAUUUAUAUGUAUGCUAUUUAAAUAAUUAUCGAGAUCAUUCUAUUUUCGUUUGGUUUACAAUCGAAAAAUCUCUAUUAAAUAUGUUUUAUUCAUAUCGUUUUACAUUAAGACCAAUCAAUGAAGCAUCUUUAUCAACCGUUAAUAUUCAUACUUUAACUAAUUUUAUACAACUUAUUGAUUUAAAUAAUAGUUUACAUAUAUUAAAUCUUGAUUUUGGUCAAUAUGAAAUUUGUAUUGAUUUUAAAUCUUAUUUUACAUCAUAUAUUUAUUCACCACGUCAAGGUUGUAUAUAUAUUCGAAGAGAUGAAUUAUUACAUGGAUCAUUUAGACAAAGUUCAACACAAUUAUUUAUUGCAUUAUCUAUUGGUAUUGUUCUUUUUCUAAUUAUUGGCAUUAUUGUUCAAUCGAUAAAAGUACAUCGAACACGAAAACGUCAAGAAUUGUGUAAUGAUAAUAAAAAUAAAUCAUAUGAAGAUACUCAACAACAACAAUCUAAAAGUUCAAGUAUAUUUUCGACAGUAUCUUUAAAAAAAAAACGUGAUCAAAUCGUAAGAAAAUUAUUUCGUCGUCAUAUUGAUCAAUCUGAUGCUUCACAUAUGCGACAAUGGACAUUUGAUCGAACUUUUCGUCAUCGUACUUCAAUAGAAAAACAAAAAAAUAAACAAUCAAGGCGAAUUCAACGAAGAAAUAAACAAACUUUAACGACGAGAAAGAUUAAUUUUCAAAAAAAUCAUUCAUUAUCAAUGCCAACUUCGACUACAUAUGAUAUUUAUACAAUUCCAAUGAACAAAUUUUCACGAAAAAUUUCUUUUUAUUUAACUCCAUCAGAAGAAUUUGAAUUACUUUAG